CACGAAAUGCCAUGCACUUGACAACCAUCGAUGGCGAUGAAGAUCUUCGCAUUCAUAAUAUCUCAAUCCUACCCUCUGAUCAAUGUGCAACUGAGGAUCAGCGAGUUUCACUUAAUGUCGGCUUCAUGUUUGGGCGACUAAACAAUGGCUGGUCUCAUAUGAUCGUUUAUGGAUUUGCAUAUCCAAUGCUUUUGCUAACAAUGAUUGCCCCAUUAUGUGCUGUAAUGUUAGGAAUGGGAAAACGUGAGAAGCGUGAG